GGGCACACCUGGACCAGGGUGGUCAUUCGCCGCUCACUGCGCAUGCUCAGCCUGCUGUACGGGCGACACUAUCAUGGCGGAGACGAUCAAGAGCAGGAGGUGAAUCAGGAAGAUAUGGCGCUGAAUGUGGGCUAAGACCGAAAUUAAGAAAUUUCACCACUUUGGACUAACAGGUGCCAUACCUGUAAGUUGCACCUGUCCUUAAUUUGCCAUGGCGAGCGAGGGGACGUCAACUCUCGGACUCGCAAAUGAUGGAUCAAAAAACGAAGGACCGGCUAUUCUGCCCAUCAACGCCGGGGUUCCGAUAAGGGGGAUCAGAAUGAAAUUCGCUGUGCUCACCGGACUGGUGGAAGUCGGAGAAGUUUCUAACCGGGAUAUUUUAGAAACAGUCUUCAAUCUGCUGGUGGGUGGUCAGUUCGACCUGGAGCUCAACUUCGUCGUCCAGCAGGCGGAGAGCGUCACCUGCAUGGUGGAGCUUCUGGACAAGUGCGAGCCCACCUGCCAGGCGGAGGUGUGGAGCAUCUUCAGCGCCAUCCUCAGGAAGAGCCUACGCAACCUGCAGGCCUGCACGGAGGCGGGCCUGAUCGAGCAGCUCCUGACCCGCCUCCACAGGGCCGACUGCGUGAUCGCAGAUCUGAUGGUGGACAUGCUGGGAGCCCUGGCCAGCUACAGCAUCAGUCCGCACGAGCUGAAGCUGUUUUUCAGCAAACUGCAGGGAGAGGAGGGAAAAUGGCCUCCACAUGCUGUGAAGCUGCUCUCGGUGUUGAACUGUAUAGCUCACAGAAACGGACCAGACGCCUUCUUCAGCUUCCCUGGGAAGAGUGCUGCGGCUAUAGCUCUACCUCCCAUUGCAAAGUGGCCCUACCUGAACGGAUUCACCUUCCAAACCUGGAUGCGCUUGGACCCGCUCAACACAAUGAAUCUGGAGAAUGACAAGCCUUACCUGUACUGCUUUCGCACCAGCAAAGGCCUGGGCUACUCGGCCCACUUCGUGGCCGGCUGUUUGACCGUGACCGCGGUGAAGUCCAAGGGGAAGGGGAUCCAGCACUGUGUGAAGUACGACUUCAAACCGCAGAAGUGGUACAUGGUGACCUUAGUGCACGUCUACCAUCGCUGGAAGAACAGUGAAAUCUGGUGCUAUGUCAACGGGGAACUGGCGUCAUGUGAGGACGUAAACUGGUCGGUCAGCACCAAUGACACGUUCGACAAGUGCUUCCUGGGCUCAUCGGAGACGGCGGAUUCCAGCCGUGUCUUCUCUGGCCAGAUGGGGGCGGUGUACGUGUUCAGCGACUCCCUCAAUGCCGCUCAGGUCCUGGGAAUCUACCAGCUGGGCCCUUCGUACAAGGGCACGUUCAAUCACAGCGCCGAGAGUGACCUGAUGUUGGCCGAGCACCACAAGAUGGUCCUGUAUGACGGCAAGCUCCUCAACUCCAUCGCCUUCGCCUACAACCCCCGGGCCACCGACGCCCAGCUGUGCCUGGACUCCUCCUGCAGAGGCAGCCCCUCCAUCUUCGUGCACUCGCCGCAUGCCCUUAUGCUGCAGGACGUGAGAGCCGUGCUCGCGCCCUCCGUACAGAGCGCCAUUCACUCCAUCGGCGGAGUCCAGGCCCUCUUCCCCCUCUUCGGCCAGCUCGACUAUCCCCAGCACACCACUGACCAGCUGGACACCUCCAUCUGCCACACGCUGCUGUCAUUUUUGAUGGAACUGCUGAAGAACUCUGUGGCUAUGCAAGAGCAGCUCCUAGCCUCCAAGGGCUUUCUGGUUAUAGGAUACUCUCUAGAAAAGUCCUCCGAAGUCCACGUGACCCAGCCUAUUCUGGACAUCUUCAUUGCCUACGCCCGUUACCUGAGCAACCUGCCGAACGGCGUCGUGCUGCUCAAACAGCUGUGCGAUCACAUCCUGUUCAACCCCGUCAUCUGGAUCCACAGCCCUGCCAAGGUGCAGCAGACCCUGUACACCUACCUGGCGACGGAGUUUGUCAGCUCGGUGGCCGUCUACAGCGCCGUCCGCAGGGUGGGCACGGUGGUGCAGAUCAUGCACACGCUCAAGUACUACUACUGGGCGGCAAAUCCUCAGGAACGGAGCGGGGUCACGCCCAGAGGCCUCGACGGGCCCAGACCCACUCAGAAGGAGAUCCUCUCCAUGAGAGCCUUCCUGCUUUUAUUUAUCAAGCAGCUGAUCGUGAAGGACCAUGGGGUGAGGGAACAGGAACUGCAGAGCAUUCUCAACUAUCUGCUCACCAUGCAUGAGGAUGACAAUUUAAUUGACGUGCUGCAGCUGCUGGUGGCUGUGAUGUCAGAGCAGCCGGGCUCCAUGGUGCCGACCUUUGACCGGUGCAACGGAAUACGUGUGAUCUAUAAGCUUCUUGCUUCCAAAGAUGAAGGGGUUCGAGUCCAAGCCCUUAAGGUGCUGGGGUACUUCCUAAAGUAUCUACCUCCAAAGAGGAAGUCGGAGAUCAUGCUGGGUCACGGUCUCUUCUCCCUCCUGUCAGAGCGGCUGAUACUCCACGCCCACCAGUCCACCCUCACCACGUACAACGUCCUCUUCGAGAUUCUCACUGAGAAGGUCAGCACGCAGGUGAUUCGCAAACAGCACCUCGAUCCCGACUCCGCGGUGAAGAUCGUCAACCCACAGAUCCUGAAGGUGAUUGCGGCCCUGCUGAAGAACUCGCCCCAGAGCCCCGAGAGCAUGGAGGUGCGGCGGAUCUUCCUGUCCGACAUGAUCCGGGUGUUCAGCAACAGCCGGGAGAACCGCAGGAGUCUCCUGCAGUGCUCCGUGUGGCAGGAGUGGAUGCUGUCCUUGUGCUACGUCAGCCCGCGGAACAACGAUGAGCAGAAGGUCACGGAGAUGGUUUACGCCCUCUUCCGAAUCCUCCUGUACCACGCCAUCAAGUACGAGUGGGGAGGCUGGCGCGUGUGGGUGGACACGCUCUCCAUCACCCACUCCAAGGUUACUUUUGAGCAACACAAAGACAACCUGGUCAGCAUGCUCCAGGAAUACGAGAGGGGGUCCACCGGAGAUGGCUUGGGUCCUAUCAGAACCGUCUCCGGGUCCAGUCUGUCCCAGUCCAACGGGGAGCACGCCGUGCUCCAUGAAGAAGAAGAGCGAGCCCCCUCUACCAUCAUCGAGCUGACUGUAGAGGGCGACGGAGAGCAGGGCCAGGCGUUGAUCACCGUGCCUGAUAUCCUGAACGGAGCUGUCGUGGAGGAGCUGCCUGCGCAGGUCGAGGGCCAGGAGCUGUGUGCGGAGCCCUUGGGCCCAGCUACAGGAACGACCGUUAACGACCACGCUAGCAUGAUCCCUGAGACUGCAGCACAAACUGCUGCUGCUGCCCCUGACAAAGUGGAACCUGUGCAGCUCCAGGAGGAAGCCACAAGUGCCGAUACAGAAAAUACAGAUGACAGUGCUGUGGCUACAGAUGAUCAUACGGAAACUACAGGGGAUGAUGAGGAAGCUACAGGUGACAAAGCUGAAGCUACAGGGGAUGAAAUGGCUGCUGGUGACAAAGCAGAAGUUGCUGGUGACGAUGUAGAAGCUGCAUGUGACAAAGCAGAAGCUACAGGUGACAAAUCGGAAACUACAGGUGACAAAGCUGACGCUACAGGGGAUGAAAUGGCUGCUGGUGACAAAGCAGAAGUUGCUGGUGACGAUGUGGAAGCUGCUGGUGACAAUUCAGAAGCUACAGGUGACAAAUCGGAAACUGCAGGUGACACAGUUGAAGCUACAGGUGAUGCAAUGGUAGCUGCAGGUGAUGAUGUGGAAGCUGCAGGUGACAAAGCUGACGCUACAGGGGAUGAAAUGGAUGCUGGUGACAAAGCAGAAGUUGCUGGUGACGAUGUGGAAGCUGCAUGUGACAAAGCUGAAGCUGCAGGUGAUGAAAUGGAAGCUGCAGGUGACAAGGCUGACGCUACAGGGGAUGAAAUGGAUGCUGGUGACAAAGCAGAAGUUGCUGGUGACGAUGUGGAAGCUGCUGGUGACAAAGCUGAAGCUGCAGGUGAUGAAAUGGAAGUUGCUGUUGACAAAUCGGAAACUACAGGUGACGAUAUGGAUACUGGGUCUAGCCACCAUGAAGAGGGCCCAUUAGAUGUCUCAGCUGACAGUGGCCAGGAUAAGGCCAUCGUUGAUGUUGUGGAAGACUCGUCCUCGGUUUCUCUUCCCGUUUCUGCAGAAAAGGGGGAGCAAGAGGAAGAUGAGCAAGGGGCUGGUGAUGAAGCGGGGUCUAAACCGAAAGAGGAAGAGCAGCAGGUGAGUGGAACAGCAGCCGAAAAGGUUGUCGCUGAUCCGGCCGCCCCCACGUCAUCUGAGAACCUAGAGGAGCAAAAGGCUCCAACGGACCAGAGCUCACAACCCCCCUGUGCUGAGGGUAAAGACCCCCCCGGCUCAGAGAUCUCACAACCCCCCACCACUGAGGGUUCAGACCCUCCCAGCUCAGAGAUCUCACAACCCCCCACCACUGAGGGUUCAGACCCUCCCAGCUCAGAGUCCUCACAACCCCUCACCAUUGAGGGUUCAGACCCCCCCCACCGAGGGUUCAGACCCCCCACCCAACGAGGGUUCAGACCCCCCAACCACCGAGGGUUCAGACCCCCCAACCACCGAGGGUUCAGACCCUCCCAGCUCAGAGAGCCAAGACCCCCAGCCCGCCACUCCAACACAGAAAGCCCAAAGAAAACAGACCUUGAGGUCUCAGAGGGGGCGGGGACAACAGAGGCUGCACCACCCACCCCUAAGGCCAAAGAGAUGAAGAUCGCCCAGCUGGACGUGACCAGUGUGGCCGCUGACACAGCGAAGACGGAGCUGAAGGAGCAGCCAUCAGAGGGCGCCAGCCAAGGUGCGUCAGCUGACCAAGGCAAGGAGUCCUCCUCCACUGGGCAGGAAACGGCCUUCCACAUCCCACAAUUCCAGUGGUCCCACAUGCACCAGCGCCUGCUGACGGACCUGCUGUUCGCCAUCGAGACGGACAUUCAGAUGUGGAGAAGCCACUCCACCAAGUCUGUGACGGAGUUUGUCAACAGCAGCGAGAACAUCGUCUUCGUGCACAACACCGUUCACCUGGUGUCCCAGAUAGUGGACAACCUUGUCGUGGCGUCGGGAGGCAUCCUGCCUCUCCUGUCUGCGGCCACCUCGUCCUCCCGCGAGCUGGAGAGCGUGGAGUCGUCGCAGGGCCUGGCGCCCGAGGCGGCCGUCACCUUCCUGCAGCGGCUGAUGAGCCUGGCCGACGUGCUGAUCUUCGCCAGCUCGCUCAACUUCGCCGAGGUGGAGUCGGAGAAGAACAUGUCGCCGGGCGGCAUACUGAGGCAGAGCCUCCGUCUGGUGUGUACCAUAGCGGUGCGGAACUGUCUGGAUUGUCAGCAGCAGCAGCUGUCUCCCUCCAAGCCCAGCACAGAGGGCUCCUGGAGUCAGAAGGCCACGCAAAACAUGGCCAGAGGCUCCCGCUCCAUGUCCGUGCAGUGUUCUGUGGACAUGAGGACAGAAGACCAAAACCUGCUGAUGCACGACAUGGACAUAAACCGGCUCCGUGCUGCUGUCUUCAGAGACACUGAGGACAGUAAGCAGGCGCAGUUCCUGGCCCUGGCGGUGGUCUACUUCGUCUCCGUCCUGAUGGUGUCCAAAUACCGGGACAUCCUGGAGCCCCACAACGAGAGGAGGCGCCUGCAGCGCAGCCUGUCUGUGCCCUGCAGAGAGGUGGGCCAGGGUGGCGCUGGUGACAGGCUGAAGAACGGGGUGUUCGUCCGACGGAGAGACUCCGGGAUCGGAGAGGAGCCGGGCCCCGUCUCCGCCAGCGAAGCCGAGUCGGGGGCCGCGGGGGACACAGGGGCCGAGGGGGCCGAGGGGGCCACGGGGCCCGGCGAACCCCAGUUGGCUCCGCCCCCGCCCGUCACCUCGCCGACGAAGAGCAACGUGCGGGACAUCCUGCGCAGCCUGAUCAGCGGCUCGGCCGACAAAGCGCCGGUGGCCCCCGGGCCCCUCCUCCCCGCCUUCCUGGGGCCCGGCGGGGACGCCGCCCGGGACCUGUCCAUGCAGUUCCGCUCCUUCGACAGGAGUGUUGUGGUGGCGCCCAAGAAGGGGGGAGCGGCCGCCUCCGCAGGCAGCGGGCCCAGUGGGACGCCCGUCAGCAACGUCGCCGUGGUGUCCUCAGGCGAAGCCACGCCCAGCGCUAGCGCGGACUCUGCUGCCGGAGGGGACUCGACCAGCGCUAAUCUACCAGCUGUCCCCAACCUCGCCCCACUGACCCACGAGUCAGCCUCCAGAAUGAGUAUUUCGGAGAGGUUGGACCACGCUCUGGAGAGGGCCGCGCCCCUGCUGAGGGAGAUCUUUGUGGACUUCACCCCCUUCCUGUCCCGCACGCUCCUGGGGAGCCACGGCCAGGAGCUCCUGAAUGAGAACACCAGUCAGCUGUGCAUCAAGUCCAGCAGCUCGGUGGUGGAGCUGGUCAUGCUUCUGUGUUCACAGGAAUGGCAGAACUCCAUCCAGAAGAACGCGGGCAUGGCCUUCAUCGAGCUCGUCAACGAGGGGAGUCUGCUCAGUCAUAACAUGAAGGAUCACCUGGUGCGGGUGGCCAAAGAGGCGGAGUUCAUCCUGAACAGACAGCGUGCUGAGGACCUCCAGAAACACAGAGAGUUUGAGGCCCAGUCCGCCGAGUAUUCUGCUGAGAAGUGUGAGGAGGAGAGAAUAAGCGAUCACCUGAUCAGGGCGGUUAAAUACCGGGAUCACGUGACCGCCGGCCAGCUCAUCCAGAAAAUCGUGAACAUCCUGAUGGACAAGCGCGGAGCGUGGGGAAGCUCCACCCACAAUCGCCCUCGCCAGUUCUGGCGCCUGGACUACUGGGAGGACGACCUGAGGAGGCGGCGGCGCUUCGUCCGGAACCCCUCCGGAUCGGCGCAUUCCGAGGCCUCGCCCCGGGCCGUGCCCCUCAACGCCCUCGAGGAAGAUGUUCUGAAAGGCAAACAGUCCAUCAGGAGUCAAGCUCUGGGAAAUCAGAACUCGGAGAGUGAAUUAUUGUUGGACGGGGACGGUGAUGCUCUGUCAUCCUUGGAGGAUAAGGAAUUAGAAAACUUAACGGGCUCGGUGAACCUGAGUACCGGAGCGCAGCUGGUUGCCCCCGCGGUGGCAGUGAGAGGGACCCUGUCCAUCACGGCCUCAGAGCUCUACUUCGAGGUGGAUGAAGAAGAACCCAGCUUUAAGAAAAUCGAUCCAAAGAUUCUGGUGUACACCGAGGGGCUCCAUGGGAAAUGGCUCUUCAGCGAGAUCCGGGCCGUCUUCUCCCGUCGCUACCUGCUCCAGAACACAGCCCUGGAAAUAUUCAUGGCUAACAGGACUUCCAUCAUGUUUAACUUCCCCGACUCGGCCACCGUCAAGAAGGUCGUGCACCGCCUGCCCCGUGUCGGCGUGGGAACCAACUUUGGGCUGCCACAAACCAGGCGCAUCUCUCUGGCCAGCCCCCGGCAGCUGUACAAGGCCUCCAGCGUGACCCAGCGCUGGCAGCGACGCGAGAUCUCCAACUUCGAGUACCUCAUCUUCCUCAACACCAUCUCCGGCCGGACAUACAACGAUUUGAGCCAGUACCCCGUCUUCCCCUGGGUCAUCGCCAAUUACGACACCAACAUCCUGGACCUGACCAUGCCCAGCACCUACAGGGACCUGUCCAAGCCCAUCGGCGCUCUCAACCCCAAGCGGGCGGCGGCUUUUUCCGAGCGCUUCGAGUCCUGGGAGGACGAGCAGGUGCCCAAGUUCCACUACAGCACCCACUACUCCACCGCCGGACACACCCUCACCUGGCUGCAGAGAAUCGAGCCUUUCACAACCUUUUUACUCAACUUCAACGAAGGCCAGUUUGACCACCCCGACCAAACCUUCUCUUCAGUAUCCAAAGCCUGGAGGAGCUGCCAGAGGAACGCUUCUGAUGUGAAGGAAUUGAUCCCGGAAUUUUACUAUCUCCCGGAGAUGUUUGUCAACUCCAAUAAUUACGCGCUGGGAGUGAUGGCUGAUGGGACGCCGGUGUCCGACGUGGACCUCCCGCCGUGGGCCAAGACCCCAGAAGAGUUUGUGCGCACAAACAGGCUGGCCCUGGAGAGCGAGUACGUGUCCUCCCAGCUGCACCAGUGGAUCGACCUCGUCUUCGGCUGCAAGCAGAAGGGGCCCGAGGCCGGCAAGGCCCUCAACGUCUUCUACCACCUGACCUACGAGGGCGCGGUCGACCUCAACGCCGUCACUGACCCCGCACUGAGAGAGGCUGCGGAGGCUCAGAUCCAGAGAUCUGGACAGACGCCCUGCCAGCUGCUCAGUGAACCCCACGCCCCACGGAGCUCCUCCACGCAGGCGACGGAAAUCGCGUUCGGCGAGGAGUCCCCGCAGGACGUCAUCAUGGUGCUCAAGUUCCCCUCCAACUCGCCGGUGGUGCACGUGUCCGCCAACACGCAGUCCGGCCUGCAGGCCCCCGCCAUCAUCACCGUCACCGCCAACCGCCUCUUCGCCGUCAACAAGUGGCACGGCCUGCUGGGACACGUAUCACCCAACCAGGAUCAGCAGCAGCAGCUUCCUGUUGAGAUUGAUCCUCUCUUAGCCACCAACACAGGCUGCCAGCGCAGGCAGGUGACUGACCUUCUGGACCAGAGCAUACAGGUGCACUCUCAGUGCUUCAUUGUCACUGCUGACAACCGCUUCAUCCUGCUCUGUGGCUUCUGGGACCGGAGCCUCCGCGUCUACUCUACUGACUCAGGGAAGCUGGCCCAGAUCGUGUUCGGGCACUGGGACGUGGUGACGUGCCUGGCCCGGUCCGAGUCCUACAUUGGGGGGGACUGCUACGUCCUGUCGGGGUCCCGGGACGCCACCCUGCUGCUCUGGUACUGGAACGGGAAGAGCUGCUGCAUCGGGGAGAACGCCGAAGCCGAGUUUGUGACUCCCCGGGCCGUGCUGUCGGGUCACGACUGCGAGGUCACCUGCGCCAGCGUGUGCGCGGAACUGGGGCUGGCCAUCAGCGGGUCCCGAGAGGGGCUGUGCCUCAUACACACCAUGAACGGGGACCUGCUGUGGUCCCUGGAGGGCCCCGAGAGCUCCCUGAGGCCCCGGCUCAUCCAGUCCUCCACCGAGGGCCACUGCGUGGUGUACUACGACAAGGGCCACUUCUGCGUCUUCAGCGUCAACGGCAGGCUGCUGGUCCACGCCAAGGUGGAGGGUCAGACAAAGGCUAUUCUCCUGAGCCGAGAUGGACAUUACAUGCUGUCGGGGGGCGAUGAGGGAGUGCUUAACGUCUGGCAGGUCCAUGACCUCAAACACCUUUUCAGUUACCCUGGCUGUGAUGCGGGCAUACGGUCCAUGGCCAUGUCACAUGACCAAAGGUGCAUCAUCACUGGCAUGUCAUCGGGAAGCAUCGUGAUGUUUCACACCGAUUUCAACAGAUGGCAUCAUGAAUAUCAGAGCAGAUACUGACGUCUGACCACUAGAGGGGGCUAUAACCACAGGAAAUGACUCCCACAUCCUGCACUAUUCUUUAUAAAUACUGAAUUCCUGAAUGUAUCUUCAUUUCCCUGCACAGAAGCAAAACUAUUUUUGAAUGUUUUUUUCCUAUAUUUUGUAGAACUCAACGAAUUUCAUAAAAUACACAACUCUGAGCUGGGUUAUAUAGCUAUAAAUCUAUUUUUAGCUGCAAGAGUCUAUUUUCAUCUCUGAGGAAAUAUGAGGGCUUGCGUGGUCAGUAAUAGUUAGAAAAUUAUAUUUGCAUCAGUUGUCUUUGGGGAAAAAAAAAACAUUUGUGUAAUGGAGGGGUUGGGGUGAUUUGAAUUUGAAUGUGUGUGAUAAAGAAAUGUUUGUCAUAAGCUUUACGCUUUUCUGUGUGCUGCUGAAGGGAUCUUAAAGCAAUAUGCGGUUUGGGUUGAGGUGUGGAGUUAUAUGUCUCAGUCCUGUUUGUGCACCACGAGAGAGCCACUGAGAAGGGAUUUAUAUCCUGCACUAUCUCAGUGCUCAUUACCCGAGUCCCUCCCCCAUGGGUCUUGUUGAUGAGUCAGAAGUCUCCAGUCUUGAGAUCCCAGGAGGAGGGGCAUGGCUCAGAUUUUUUAGGAGACGGUUCCAUUCGACAAGGCUACAUGACUAUAAAAGGUAACGAUCAACACUCAGUGUAUUUAAAAGUUCAGCCAGGUGCACAAAACAUCUGAUGAAAGCAGAACUGCUGUAUUUUGAUGUACUGUAUCACUGUUUUGGAUCGAGUGUGUUGACGUGUGACAAGUUGGAAAUAGGAAUGAAUUUGUAACAUGAGUUAUAAAUUCAUUCAAAUUCAGCUGAAAAUAAUAAAAAUGAAUUUGUAACAGGA